UUUUUACACUUCCUUUUUACUUUGGAUUUCAGGCUCUGAGCUGCACUGGGCACAAAUACUGGACAGCAAUAUGUGUCAUGUCAUUGUCACUUGCCGCUCAAUGCUAUGGACACUUCUGAGUAUUGUUGUAGCUUUUGCAGAGCUCAUAGCCUUCAUGAGUGCUGAUUGGUUGGUUGGCAAGGCAAAACUUGGGAGCUCUCACAACAGAGACAAUGGGACGGGAGAGUCACUGGAACCGUAUCGUCCAACCCUGGGGAUCUAUGAACGUUGCACCAGAAUCCAGCACGUGCCAUAUUCCAGGCGAGACACACAGUGUGGCCCCUAUGCGGAGAACUUCAGCGAGAUUGCCAGUGGCUUCUGGCAGGCUACUGCUAUUUUCCUAGCCCUGGGGAUCUUGAUACUCUGUGCUGUCGCAUUUGUAUCCGUCUUCACCAUGUGUGUACAGAGUAUUAUGAAGAAAAGUAUUUUUAAUGUCUGUGGGCUGCUACAAGGGAUUGCAGGUCUCUUCCUUAUCCUAGGCUUGAUCUUGUACCCUGCUGGCUGGGGUUGCCAGAAGGCAAUAAGCUAUUGUGGAUCUUAUGCUUCUGCUUAUAAACUUGGUGAUUGUUCCUUGGGCUGGGCUUUCUACACCGCUAUAGGUGGCACAGUCCUGACCUUCAUCUGUGCGGUUUUCUCUGCCCAAGCUGAAAUUGCCACCUCCAGCGACAAAGUACAAGAGGAAAUUGAAGAGGGGAAAAGCCUUAUUUGUCUUCUUUAACGACCCAAGGAAACCUUCAAUCUCUCAGGCGUAUUGGUUUCAAGUGGCUUAGCAAAUGGACUCCUCUGAGUGAUGGAGACACGAGCUUCCUGAAGACCAGGCACUAUGCUGUCACUUGAUGGUCACUGAGGACUAUGGGCAGAUUAAGAAGAAAAUGAUGCUACGGGAAUUCUGGUACCUGGCUGCAUUGGCAGGAUGAUACAAAACUCAUGUUGGCUUCACAUUUAUAUGAACCAAGUGCCUGACAGAUGCAGAAAUUAUCCAGUCUUAUUGACAUUCAGCAACAUGAAGGAAUCCUGAGAAGUAUUUUGUUGGAAAUGCCAGCACUGUCAAGUAUGCACAGAACAAGAUGCCUUAAACCAGGCUUUGAUUUCAAGGGUUUAGGUCUUUAGUCACCUGGUCAGUGGUAACA